ACAAAAUUUUCGUGAAAUCUAGACGCAAACUAAAGUCACGGUUUUAAAAGAAUUUAUAAUUUAAUGUUUUUAUUUAAUUAUGAGCUUUUAUGAUGAACUAUUUCGUAUUCGUGAUGUUAUUAAGAAAUAUUUUGAUCCACCCCUUGUGCAAGCCGCUAUCGUGAAGGAACGAGUGCAGUGCGUUAAAACAGACGGCAGUUAUGGUGAGAUGACGAUAUGCCGCGACGACGAGACUGCGCAGCGCAUCCCGUGCCCAGCAGAGGACCACGACCACUGCCCCUGGUCCUGCCAGAUAUCCAAGAAACUCACCAGACUCGUGGGCGGCGGAUCCUAUGGUAUGGCUCCUCCAUUCUACGCUGACCUUGGAAAGAAGGCCAAUGAUGUCUUCAGCAAGGGCUACCACUUCGGGCUCAUCAAGCUCGACUUAAAGACCAAGAGCGAAAAUGGAGUGGAAUUCAGCAGUGGAAUUGUCAACAACCAGGAGAGCGGAAAAGUUUUCGGAAGUCUCCAGUCCAAAUACGCCGUCAAAGACUACGGUCUGACAUUCACAGAGAAAUGGAACACAGACAACACCCUGGCCACAGACAUCACCCUGGCUGACAAGAUCGCUGUCGGCCUUAAGGUCACCCUCGAGGGAACCUUCGCACCUCAGACCGGGAGCAAAACUGGUAAGCUGAAGUCAUCCUACGUGACUGACUUGGCUGCCUUCAAUGUGAAUGCUGACCUGGACCUGAACGGCCCCAUCGUCGAUGCCGCCGCCGUCCUCCACCACCAGGGAUGGUUGGCCGGUGUCUUCACACAGUUCGACACACAGAAGACCAAGUUCAGCAAGAACAACUUUGCCCUCGGCUACCAGUCCAAGGACUUCGCUCUGCACACCAACGUUGACAACGGCAAGGACUUCGGCGGCUCCAUCUACCAGAAGGUGUCGGACAAGCUGGAGUGCGGAGUGAGCAUGAAGUGGUCCGCGGGCUCGUCGGACACGCUGUUCGGCGUCGGCAGCAAGUUCCUGCUGGACUCGGACGCGUCGCUGCACGCCAAGAUCAACAACAAGUCGCUCAUCGGGCUCGGAUACCAGCAGAAGCUGCGCCAAGGCGUGACGCUGACUCUGUCUGCCGCCAUCGACGGUCAGAACUUCAACGCCGGCGGCCACAAGAUCGGUCUGGCCCUGGAGCUGGAGCCCUAGGCGCCUCCCCCACUCUUGUAGAUAAUACAUAACGCUCUAUUAUUAGAUGGGAAGCGUAUUUAGAAAUCAAACUAUCUUCAAGUGUUCAAUGUGUUGUGCGUUAAAAACGCUUUAUUUCACGUUCCGCAGCGGCGGCCCGCUUCCCACCAUACGAGUUACUAGCGUCCCCUUCCUAUGUAUUAUUUUGUUCUAAGCACGCAAUAUUUAUAGCAACCCAAUGUUGUUGACAUCAAACUACCUAUUAAUUCCUAUUUCAGUCGUUAUCUUGUAAAUAAACACCUGUGGUGUGAUACCUUAUUGAAUGAUUGAAAAUAAAAAUGAAUAGUAAUUGGAAUCGUC